UCACCGGAAUGGCGGGCUAGGCCUUCUCCGCGGCUUGGCUCCUUAACCGCUACCUCUUCGGAGACUUGAGGGGGCUCCUGACCGCACUCUGACCCUUACUCUUCUAGCGAAAUGACAUUUCCUCCUAGCGGCACACUUUUCCUCGAACAAAGUGUGACCCGCUCCGGAAAACUUUUACCCGGGUGGCGGGCUGUGUAUACGAUAUCUUGGGUCGUAAGAAGUGGGUUAGGAAGGGAGUUGAAACGAGGGAACUCUUCCUACCAAACAGUGAAGUUUAUUUUCUGAGGCUCCCGUUUCGGCCGGCGUGCCGUGACACGCCUUUAGUCCCAGCUCGGGAGGCAGAGGAAUGAGGAUCUUUGCAAAUUCGAGACCAGUCUGGUCUUCAUAGUGAAUUCAGGGGCCCCCGGGGGUACACACUGAGAGACGCUAUCUCCAAGUGAUUUUUAAAUGCUUCCUUUUAAGCACACUGAACGGUAGGAACAGAUACCAGCACAGAGUUCUUCCGGCUUAGCCCUGUAACUGCAGCAGGUACCGGGAUUGGCCACGGCUAUGUCAAAGACGCCAGGGCGGGCGCAGUAUGGGUGGAAGUUUCCACGUGAGCCCACGAAUCUCGCCGAUGUCCAGCCACGGAGCACUUAAGCACGGAACGCAGUUGCAGCGGGUUCAGUUUUCCCGCAGGAGCCCGAGUCCACCCCCCAGCCUUCCCUUCUGCGCAGGCGCGGUGUCACUUACCCGGCAUGGAAGUAGUGGGUCUCUUGUGUGCGGUGGCGGUGGCUGUCCUGACUUGGGGCUUCCUCCGGGUUCGGAACUCGGCGGAACGAAUGAGGUCUCCGGAGCAGGCGGGCCUGCCGGGAGCCGGAAGCCGGGCCCUUCUGGUGAUCGCGCACCCGGACGAUGAAGCCAUGUUCUUUGCUCCCACGGUGCUAGGCUUGGCCCGCCUCGGGCAGCGGGUGUUCUUGCUCUGCUUCUCCGCAGGAAAUUACUACAGUCAAGGAGAGAUUCGGAAGAAAGAACUUCUGCAGAGCUGUGACGUCUUGGGGAUUCCACCUUCCCGGGUAACGAUCAUCGACAAGAGCGAGUUUCCCGAUGACCCAGGAGUGCAGUGGGACACAGAGAGUGUGGCCAACACCGUCCUCCAACACAUAGAGGUCAAUGACAUCAACCUGGUGGUGACUUUUGAUGCAGAAGGAGUCAGUGGUCACAGAAAUCAUGUGGCUCUGUACAAAGCUGUGAGGGUGUUCAGUACUCACUCUGCAGUCUGUAAGUGUCCUCCGGAAGUACCUCUACCUCCUGGAUCUGCCCUGGUCUCUACUCUCAUCCCAGGAUGCCCUCUUCAUGCUCACCAGCAAAGAAGUGGCACAGGCCAAGAAAGCCAUGUCCUGCCACCAGAGUCAGCUCGUCUGGUUCCGCCGCCUCUACGUCCUCUUCUCCAGAUACAUGAGAAUCAACUCACUGAAGUUCCUCUGAACCCAGAAGAGCUUUCAGACCUUUGGAACAAAAGGGAGGAACAGACCAAGAAGUCCCUGGACCUGGCUUGGGGCUGGCUUAUCUCCUUAGCCCGGGGAGAUCCCAGCAAAGCAGCCUCUGAGAACAAACCCUAUGGACAAGAGUCACACAGACCCUGCUUCCUCCUUAGGGGAAAAAACCACCAAGACCCAAAACUACACCAAUGCAAUACUCAACUUUUUAUUUUUUCUUUUACAACAUAUACACAGCACAAGCUAUGAAAAAUAUUUUCAAAUCUCAGAGGUUAAAAAGAUGCAUAGAGCCAGGUGAUGGCAGACAUCUUUAAUCACAGCACUCAGGAGACAGAGAUAAGCUGAGCUCCAUGAAUUCGAGGCCAGCCUGGUCUACAGAGAAGUUCCAGGACAGCUGGAACUACACAGAGAAACCCUGUCUUGGGAAAAAAAAAAAAUGCAUAGAAUUACAAUCCUUCCAGGUAGUGACAUCUGAGACUCUGUACCUGUUCAUAUUUAUUUUGCUAUCUAUUGUAAAUUAAGAGGUUGGGGAUGGUAACUUGGUUGGUAGAGUGCUUGCCUAGGUUUGGCCUCCCAGCAUAGCAUAAACUGUGAGCCAACAUUUGGGCUGUGGAGGCAGAAGUAUCAGAAAUUUGAGGCCAUCCUCAGAUACAUAGCAAGUUUGAAACCAACCCAGGCUAAAGACUCUUCAAAAAUAAAUAAUACGUAAAAAUUUAGGAAGGAACUUUUUUGUUUGGUUUUGUUUUGUUUGUUUUCUAAGACAGGGUUUUUCUGUAUGGCCUUGACUGUCCUGGAACUGCUCUGUAGGCUAACCUGACAUGGAACUCAGAGACACCUUCACAUAGACAUAUAUGCAGGCAAAAUGCCAAUGAACACAAAAUAAAAAUAAAUAUUUUUUUAAAGACAGGGUUUCUCUGUAUAACAGUCCUAAGCUGUCCUGGCUGGCCCCAAACUCACAGAGAUUCGCCUGUCUGUCUCUCUCCCUCCCAAGUGCUGAAAUUAAAGGUGUAUGCCACCACCAUGCAGCUAUAAAAACAAAUAAUUAAAAACAAAAAACAAAAAAAUAAGAAGAGGCCAGUUCAGUCUAUGUAAUGAGUUCCAGAAUAGCCAAGGCUAUAGCGAGAGACCCUGUCUAAAAAGGCCUGCAUGGUGGUGCACUCUCAGGAUGCUGAAGCAGAAGGAUUUCAAGUUUAAAGCCACCACGAUCUACAUGGCAAGACACUCUCUCAAAACCAGACUAAAACACAAACGAAUUCACAUUUGCCUCAUUAAACCUUCCAUAUCAUUCAAUCUGUAACAAUUGCAGGCAGGCCAAAACUACGUGACACACUGGAAAAAUGCUCUUUCCUAGGGUUUGUGGUUAUGAUUUGCAGAGCCUGAGCUGAAACCUAAUAACAGUUUCCUUUCAAUUUGCUUCAUGGAUGCCCUGCACUCUAAAGGUCUCUUUUGGAGCAGAGGGAUGCUGGGGAGGGUAAAGUGUCAAGAUGCAGGACAAAUAACAGGGUCCAGGCGAGAUUGGUAGUUAUGGAAAAGUACUGUAUCCAAAUUCACCAGGGGGAAAUUAAAAGCCUGCAAAACAGCUGGGGGUGUAGCUCAGCGAAGCGGUUGCCUAGGAUGCAUGGAGACCUGGGUCUGGUUUCCAAUGCUAUAUAAACAGGGUGUGGUGGUGGUGCCUGCCUGAAAUCUCAGCAUUCAAGAGGUGAAGGCCAGAGGAUCAGAAAUUCAAGGUUAUGGUGUGAGGUGGUGGCACAAGCCUUUAAGGCCAGCACUUGGUGGGCAGGGGAGGGGGACAUGCAGAGGCAGGCAGAUCUCUGUAAGUUCAAGAGAACCAGGGCUAUGUAGAGAGACCGUGCCUUAAAAAGUGAAAAAUAGAACAGAACACUGUAACAGUCGGAGGCUCUAAUUUCAUCCAGAAUCUGGCAAAUCAACCUGGCAGCUAGUUCACACAGCACUUAGAAACGCCAGCACUGGGCUAGAGUGAACGGUGCACACUCGAAAGCACCCACCGCUCCUGCAGAGGGCCAGUCUGAUUUCCAGCACCCGUGUCAGGCAACUCAUUCCCUGCUCCAAAGGGACCCAAAGCCUCUGGUCACCUGCAUUCACAUACACAAGCCUACACACGACAAAGACAUACAAGAUUUUCAAAUCCUUUAAAAAAGCCAUCGAUAUCCACUUACAGAACACUCAUUUACAAACACCAGUUAGUCACUGGCCACUGAAAACUCCGUUAUAAGUACCCCAACACAGAGACUUUUCUGUUCAGUGUGUGACCAAAAUCUAACUUCAGACGAGGUGCAGUAUUACAUUCUUAUAAUCCCAGCACUCAGGAGCCCGAGGGAGGAGGAGUGCAAGUUCAAAGCAAGGCUAGCCGGCACAUAACAAGACUUUGUCUCAGAAAACAACAACAAAGACCAAAACCUAAGAACAAACAUAACACCACCCUUUCUCAAAGAGAAAAUAAAACCAAAUCCUAGGACGGAAGCUGUGACAGUGGAAGAGUGUCCCAGAGGCUAUAAACUCACACUCACACACACACACUCACACACACACUCACACACACACACUCACACACACACACUCACACACACUCACACACACACACACUCACACACACACACUCACACACUCACACACACACACACACUCACACACACACACUCACACACACUCACACACUCACACACACACUCUCACACACACACUCACACACACACACACACCUAGAAAUAAGAAGUUUAGCAUGUGGAAUCUGUAUGUAAUCUAUAGUCUUUAAAUUCUUUCACUUAAAAAAAGGUGGGGCUGGAGAGAUAGAUGGCUCAGUGGUUAGAGCGCUGGCUGCUCUUCCAGAGAGCCUGGGUUCAAUUCCCAGCACCCACAUGGCAGCUCAAAACCCUAGCUCCGGUUCCAGUGGUUCUGAUGCCCUCGCAUAGAUAUACAUGCAUGCAAAAGAUCAACACACAUAAAAAGAAAUUAUUUUUUAAAAGAUAGAAAACAAGUGAACUACAGGAUUCAAUUUCAGAAAGUCAACACCAUAAACCAGAAGGAAGACUUAUUUACAGAUGAACACUAACAAUAGGUACAACAGAAGAUAAUAGAAAGGAUAGUAAGUUUUCUUCCCCCGCCCCCCCCGGUAAGUUUUCUUUGAGAAAUGAAAUAAAUAAGCUGAGAUUGGGGAUUUGGCUCAGUGAUAGAGUCCUAGAAGCAUGAUACCAUAAGUUCAGUC